UCUCAAUUUAUCAUAUCGAUCCUUGAAAGCCAGCAUUAUGAGGGUCAUCUUAUCGUCGAAGAUCUAUUCAUGCGCUUCAAUGACACAUUCAGUGCCUUUGUUGGAUACUCUCUUCUGAUAGAGGUGAAGUCACUGCCAAGGGCAAAAUCAAUGCUUAGACAACAAUACAUGGAUGAAAUCAUACUUCUCUCAUCUGAAGAAGGAGGUUGGCACUUUGGAGCAUUGCAUGCCACUACGAAGCAACUCGAGGCAUUCUCAGUUGAUGAAAUGGCCAUUGACAUGGCAUCAUGCGCUCCUGCUCUGUGGGAUUUGCUGGGGUUCCUUCUAGGCACCAAC